AUGGCCGCGCUGGCGGCCGGCGAGGCGGCGGCGGCGGCGGGUGGGGGCGGCCCCGGGGCCGCGCAACCCCCGGCGCCCCCGCUCUGCUGCUUCAUCUGCGGCGGCGGCAUCAGCCGCGGCAAAGAGCUGAAGCUUCAAGUGCGACCCCCCCGCGACCACCGGCCCUUCUUCCCCUUCCUGCAGCACCAGGAGCCGGCGCCCGGAGCCCGCGCCGUCUCGGCGGAGGGCUGCGCCCUGGUCUGCGCUGUCUGCCGCUGCUUCCUGGGCGAGCAGUGGGACUCCUUCGAGCGCAGCCGCACGCCGGUGGAGAAGCGCAUGUACUGGCUCAAGCGGCCCCAUCAGUGCGAGGCGGCGGCGGCGGCGGCGGCGGCGGCGGCGGGGGGAGCCGGGCUGCGGCGGGGGGCCACGGGCUGGGACCCCGCCGCGCCGCCGCGCCGCGCCACCGGCCACCCGGAGGAGGAGGAGGAGGAGGAGGAGGAAGAGGAGGAGGAGGAAGGGCCGGCAGCCGGCUCCGAGCUCUCCGAGCUCUCCGACGCCGAGCCCCUCUCGGAGCCCGAGGGGGCGGGCGGCGCGGCGCGGGCCCCCCCGGCGGCGGGGAGCGAGCGGGGACCCCCCUGCUGCUCGUCGGACAGCGAGAUCAACAUCACCAGCGAGGAGGAGGAGGAGGAGGAGGAGGAGGAGGAAGGCAGCGAGCGGCCCGCUUGGGCAGCGGGCACCGCCUGCUACAUCUGCGGCAGCCCCUUGGCGCCCGGCGCCCAGCACCGCGUCCACGUGCAGAAGCAGGAGAAGAGCUCGCCGGGACCUUUCUUCCCGUUCCUGUGGCUGCACAGCCCCCCGCCGGGCGCCCAGCCGCUGUCCCCCACCGGCAGCACCCUGGUGUGCCCCUGCUGCUUCGCCUCCCUCAUGCAGCAGUGGCAAAGCUUCGAGCUGGCCAACGUGCCCGUGCUGCAGCGGCUCUACGUGGUGCCCCUCAGCGCCGGGGCCAUGCCCCCCAAGGGCCGCCGAGGGAUGAAGGAGGACGGCACGGGCAUCCCGCCGGUGCCCGAGGCUUGCUACCUGUGCGGGGAGGAGUGCGGCAAGGAGGCGAGGCCGGUGGCGGCCAAAAUCACCAACGGCAACGCGAAGAGCACCAUGCAUUUCCCCUUCCUCAGCCUGCUGCCCUGCCCGCCCGGCGCCAAGGGGCUGAACAAGCACUGGGAGGUCAGCAGCUGCCGCAAGUGCUUCGGGGUGCUGCAGGACCUGUGGGCCAUGUACAGGGCCUGUCACAACGAGGAGCUCAUCUCCUCCGUGCAGAGUUUCCUGGGGAGGUACCACCAGGUCUUCUCCGCUGGUGACCUCUCCGGCCACCCCGCUGUCAUCAAGUCCGGCCCCACCUCUGUCUGCUACAUCUGCGGGGCCGAGUUGGGAGCUGGCAAAGAAUUCCAGCUCAACGUCAACCCUCCAGGGCGAUUUGGGGAGAAGGAGCCCUUUUUCCCCUUCUUGACGGUCUACCCGCCCGCCCCGCGGGCCAGACCAGCCGACUCCACCGGGCUGGUGGCCACCUGCAUCCUGUGCUACCACGACCUGCUGGGACAGUGGCUGCAGCACGAGGGCAGGAACUCCCACCACCCCAGCAGCGCCUGGUCCCGGCAAUACAAGGUGGAGACCUUCGUCUGCUUCUUCUGCCGGCAGGAAAAGAAGCGAUGCCUUGGAUUAAAAGCGGUUCAAGUGGCCAGGCUCCCCGUCUUCCUCUACACCCUGCGCGUGGCCAACAGCCUGCUGGUGGACGAUGGCAAGCAGCUGACCAUCGGCGCCUGUGCCGAGUGCGGGGCCGUGGUCCUGGCUGGCAAGAGCAUGACCCCGCCAGAGCUGCUGGCAGUGGCACCCCCGACUCUCCUCCCCAAGGCGUCCUCUUCGUCCCUGGACACGGCCGCCACCAAGCCUGCGGCCGGUGAGUCCCGGCACCGGGUGGCCAGCGCUGGGGAGAGCCCGGGAACGGGCAGCGCUGUCCCGGACAUCGGCCAGCGGACACCUUUGGAUGCGGAGGGUGCGGACGCUGGAGCCACAAGUAGGUGA